AGUUCCAAGGCGUGGAAGAGGAAGCCCUAGCGAGGUUAAAGAGACUUUUUGUUCGUCCGCCUUGGCGAGCUCUCGCGUCGUCUUGGUCCUCCUUCUUCAAUUCUAGGGUUUUCUUCUAUCUUUCUCUGAAACUCAAAAAUAGUGUAAUGGCGGUGAAGCCUUCCAAGACUGAGAAGAAGGCCGCAUACGAUCAGAAGCUCUGCCAGCUUCUCGACGAGUACACUCAGAUCCUCGUUGCGUCGGCUGACAAUGUUGGGUCGAAUCAGUUGCAGAACAUCCGUAAGGGGCUACGUGGUGAUUCCGUUGUCCUUAUGGGUAAAAAUACCAUGAUGAAGAGGUCGAUCCGGCUUCACGCCGAGAAGACCGGCAAUAAAGCGUUUUUGAACCUCAUCCCCCUGUUGGUGGGAAAUGUUGGUCUUAUUUUCACCAAGGGAGAUUUGAAGGAAGUGUCUGAGGAAGUUGCUAAAUACAAGGUUGGAGCUCCUGCCCGUGUUGGUCUGAUUGCUCCAAUUGAUGUCGUUGUGCCUCCUGGAAAUACUGGGUUGGACCCUUCUCAGACUUCCUUCUUCCAGGUUCUCAACAUCCCCACCAAGAUUAACAAAGGUACUGUUGAGAUUAUCACACCCGUUGAGCUGAUAAAGAAGGGAGAGAAGGUUGGAUCUUCCGAAGCUGCUCUUUUGGCUAAGCUGGGGAUCAGACCGUUCUCAUAUGGAUUAAACAUUUUGUCUGUAUAUGACAAUGGGUCUGUUUUCAGUCCGGAAGUGUUGGAUCUCACAGAAGAUGACCUCAUGGAGAAGUUUGUAUCAGGAGUGUCUAUGGUGACAGCACUCUCACUGGCAGUUUCGUACCCAACCCUUGCAGCAGCACCACACAUGUUCGUUAAUGCAUACAAAAAUGUUCUUGCUGUUGCUGUUGCCACAGAGUACUCUUAUCCUCAGGCAGAACAAGUGAAAGAAUACUUGAAGGAUCCUUCAAAGUUUGCAGUUGCUGCCGCCCCUCUUGCUGCAGCACCUUCUGGUGGGGCCCCAGCUGCUGCUCCUGUGGAGGAGAAGAAAGAGGAGCCGGCAGAGGAGUCUGAUGAUGACAUGGGAUUCAGCUUGUUUGAUUAAGUAGUAACAUCUGUUGAUUUUGCAGGAUGGAACAUUCAGAUUAGAGUUUUGUUUUCUUUCUUUCCUUUCAUAUUUGUUAAAGGCUUAUUUGACAUCGUAGCUUUCACAUGAAUUUUUAGUUUUGGAUGAUUUUCGUUGUCUUAUUGAUGAGUUAAUCUUUUACAUGCGAUUUUCUUGUGUUAAGACGUCA